AUGAUCACGUCCUUGGAGAUUCCAACGUCCUGCCUGACGCAAAUAUGGAUGACAACACCGCCAGGUGAUUACGAGCCUGGCCCAGUCCUUGGGAACCCAUACGAUACAGCAUGUUUUCCCGUGGCGCGAGGUUCGUCGCUGUCGCCGGCGUUAUGUCCACAGGGCUACCAUAGCGCAUGUACGCCAAAGAGCCUCACCAUAGAAGGAGAGACGGUUAUGGACUGUUGUCCCAAUGGCUACUUUUGUGACGGUGGUUUCUUUUCAUGUUCCAGUCAUUCAUCAGCCAAUUUCACAGUGACCAUGACCGACGUCGAUGGGCCGGAUCAGAGCCUGGUGCUGAAAACGACCGUGGUAAAUGGCAUGAAUGCGCAUUCGAUUCGAGUUCGAUAUGCCACUACAGAUUUAUUCGUAACCACCACUGUGUCGCCGGAUGCCACGGAGACAGACGCCGCAGUGCCGAGCUCGGCGACGACGUUACCAGCAGCAACCUCGUCGGGAGAAGCGGAUACAGAGGCAGGCGGUCUGUCCACCGGGGCAAAGGCGGGUAUUGGCGUGGGAGCGGCCGUGGGUGGACUUGCCUUGCUAGGCUUUAUAUUCUUCUUGUUCCGCCGGAGCCGGAGACAGACGCCCCGGACAGAGCUCGAGGACACUACUUAUCAUCCCAUGUCGGGAGCUCCGCCCGUGGUUCCCCAGAAAAGCCCGGGGCCGAGUGAAAUGGGUCACAAGGAACCGAGCGAGUUGAAUGUACCGCCGAAUCAAGUCUAUCAUGAAAUGGAAGGCAAUUUACACGAGGUGGAUGGAGGACGAUAUGAGCUGCGGUAA